CAUGGAUGUUCAAUAUCAAAGAAGGACGCUAUAAGCCAAGGCUGCAUGUCAACCUAUUAGCUAGAGUAUGGUCGCCUUCUUAGGCAACUCCGCCGCCUUUUGUAGAGCGCGCCCACGAGCAAUACCGCUAGCCAAGAUAACCACGAGAAAAUCAAUUCAUGGGUUUCCUUUUCUCACCUCUAUGAAUAUGGGGCUCCGCUUGGCAGCCCUUCAGGCCGCCGAAGCUAUAAUAGUAGAUUCGCACUUUGCCAUCAUUUGAGUACAAUUACCGGAAAUCCUUUUGGUUUUUCUUUAUUAUUUAAAUUUUGAAGCCCCAGUGGGUUUUAUAUAACAGUUGCCCCAAUUGGAAUAACAAAGACAAAAUAGUGAAGGAUUCUGGUAGUUGUAGUCAAAUGACGCCAUCAUGCAAAUCGCCUUUUAAAUUCACUUUCAGAUUGGUGCGCUUAACCUCACAUCAGCGAGAAUAGAAGCAAAGAUAAAAGGAGCGGAUGUGAAAGGUAGGUCGGUAGCUCAAUAUGUGAUAUACAUUUUCCUGUCUUUGACCUCACCAGUAAUAGUCAGGUGUAUAAUCAGAAGAAUUAAAUGGGACGAAGGACUUGUCAAGUGCAAACGACAAUCGGCUGUCGAAAAAACCCAGCGCCAGGUGGGCGCACCUUUGUAAAUACAUAAGUUAAAUAUGCACUUGUGAGGUUAGCCAAGCUAGAGUUACUCACGAAUGAAUUUCCUUGCGUGCAAUCCCCAUGUGCAAUAUUGCUCAGUGUACUGGGGUCAAAAUUCGAGCAGGGAAACGCUUUCAAAACAAAAUCUAGGACCAUCCAUUACCAACGGGCAGGUGAUAAUUUGAUGGGGUGCAUUGGUUUCAGGUUUUACAUCAGUUGACUCCAUGUUUGACGCGCUUGAGAAUAAUGAGAUAAACGGCAUUCUGAUGGACAAGUACAAAGUGGGUCACUACCUCGCCGAAAGGAAUAACGAAAGAUUCAAAGUGUUUCGUAGCUUCAACGCAGAUAUUCAGUAUUAUGUUGCGAUUCGUGACCGCGACCCAAUAAAAGAAUUGACAAAAGAGGGCGCUUGCUUUGAAAGGUGGAUUGAGGGACAGGCUGUGAACGAACUUCUCAUAAAUCAUCUCCAACCGGUCACGGUGUAUAACUCCGAUAGUGACUUCAUGAGCGUGUUUUCCGGUAAGUCACGCUCCACACAUCUGUUCCUGUUCACCAUUCUAGGAGUUUUUUUGGGUCUUGUAUUUCUCGGGAUCUUAGCAGAGAUCUUUUACCUGAAGUUGUGGAAAUCGAAGAAAAAAGUGGACAACGGCGAAGGUUAGUACAAAGUAACAAAAAAGUGUAAUUUGGAAAUUUGAACUGCCUAGCUAGAGUGAGACUCGUGGUCUCGUGAUUCAGAAUGCUUUUCAGCGUUAAACAUUAGGCGAUCGUAAACUAUCCUUUCUGUCAGCAUGCCUGUCAUUAGACCACCUGAUUCAGUUUGUUAGAGGAAAAGUAAGCAUCGCGAAAUCUCGUUUUGUGUCAC